UCUUGUCAAAUUCUCCCUCAUAUUGUCUUGUACCAAAAGUAAUAAAAGGAACAACUUCGUACGUAAAACGCAUAAACAGGGGGGCCUAUUGUCACCUCAGCUAGAAUUUGAACUCAAGAAAAAAUCCUACUCAAAAGCAAAAGUUGGUGCUGCCACUCCCAGCCAUUAUCCCAUAUGCCCUUUUCUUUCUUCAGUGCUUGAGUAAAUUAUUCCUCUUCUCUUUUUCCAUCUCUGAUUAUUUUCCUGAAUCGUUUUCGAGCUUUGUACAAUUGCUAAACUAAAAUUCUGAUCUAGCUGCAAGCAACUGCUUUCAAUUCUCUUUCUUCCUAAACAACUCAAGCUGGCAGUGGCAACUUAUUUCUUUCUCUCUCUCUCUCUUUCUCUCUCUCUCUCUCUCCCUUGCUUAAUUGGCAAUAUCAGAUUCUCUUUCUUCUAUAUCUAAAUACUCACAAACUGCUUUCUAUCUUUCUUUAUCUUCAAAAGCAGAAGUUUGUUCGUAAAGCGUGUAGGGGGGUCCAUUGUGCUGCCACUCCCAUUCUUUCUUCAGUGUAUGAAUGCUUGAAUUUUUGUCCACCGACAGUGCUUGCCUAAUUAUUUCACUUGUCUUUUUCCUGGAUCGUUUUGUAGCAAUUGUUUUUGCAAAGCAACUGCUUUCUAUUCUCUUUCUUUCUGAACUGCUUAAUUAAACCCAUCCAUCAUCUACAAUAUCAGAUUUGCAUUCAGAGAAACAGAUAUGGAAUCCAUUGAGUUCUUUCAAGUUUUCAUCACAAUCAUCAUACUCAUCAUGACUCUGUUCUACGUGUACUUCAGAUCAUUAACAUCUGCUUCUUCUUCUUCCCCUUCUUCUGUUGCUGCUGUUGAUACUGAUAUCCCCCCUCUUCAAGAAAAGUAUGAUGUGUUUAUUAGCUUCAGAGGUGAGGACACCCGCGAUGGUUUUACCAGCUAUCUUCACAAGGCUUUACUUGGGAAGAAAAUUGAGACCUACAUGGAUUACAAACUGGAGAAGGGAGACGACAUUGGACCUGCCCUUCUAGAAGCAAUCAAGAAAUCGAAAAUUGCACUAGUAAUUUUCUCAAAAGACUAUGCUUCUUCCACUUGGUGUUUGAAAGAACUUGUGCAUAUACUUGGAUGCAAGAAAAGCCAUGGACAGAUUGUUAUACCCAUUUUUUAUCGCAUAGAUCCAUCAGAUCUACGAAAUCAGCAGGGAACUUAUGCACUUGCACUUGAUGAACUUGAAAAACGUUUCAAGGCCAGUAGGGAUGAGGUGGUUAACUGGAGGGAUGCUUUGAAGGAAGCAGCCAAUAUGUCUGGGUUUCAUUAUUCAAGGAAAACAGGGACAGAAGCCGAUUUUGUUGAGAAAGUUGUCCAAGAUGUUUUGACCAAAUUGAAUCGUGAAUCGUCAAGUGAUUUAAGGGGUCUGGUUGGAAUUGAAAAGAAAAUUGAGUUCAUAGAGUCGUUAUUAUGGUUAGAUUCACCAGGUGUUUGCUGUGUAGGUAUUUGGGGCAUGGGCGGUAUUGGCAAGACCACCCUUGCUGAUGCUGUAUUUCACCGACUCUCUUCUAAAUUUGAAGCUUCGUGUUUUCUUAAAAAUGUGAGGGAGAACUCAGAAGAAAGAGAUGGAAUAUACCACUUGCGUAAUAAACUUCUUUGUGAGAUAUUAAAGGAAAAAGAUCUAAAUAUCCAAACUCCGUCUAUAUCACCUAUUAUUCGACAUAGGCUCAGUCGUACGAAGGCGCUCAUUGUUCUUGAUGAUGUGAAUGCUUCAAGCCAACUAGAAGUUCUUGUUGGUGACCAUGAUCGGUUUGUCGACGGAAGUGUAAUCAUUAUAACUGCUAGAGACAAGGGCCUACUUGAGGAAAAAGUUGAUAGGAUAUACGAGGUUGAGGCAUUAAGAUUCAAUGAAGCUCUUCAGCUCUUCCAUUGGCAUGCAUUCAAAAAUAAGUCUCCAACAACGGAUUAUACUGAGUUGUCAAUAGAGGUGGCAAAAUAUGUUAAAGGCAUUCCAUUAGCUCUUAAAGUUAUGGGGUCCUCAUUCCUUCGUUGCAAGAGUAAACAAGAGUGGGAAGAUCAAUGGAACAAAUUGAAACGAUUUCCAAGCGAAGAAAUCAAGAAAGUGUUGAGACUAAGUUACAAUGGAUUAGAAGAAAAUGAGAAGGAGAUAUUUCUUGAUAUAGCAUGUUUUCAUAAAGGCGAUAACAUGAAUGAUGUAAAAGUGUUAUUAGAUAGUCGUCGUUUCUGUGGGGAAGUCGGAAUCAAAGUUCUCAUUGAUAGGUCUCUCAUAUCAAUUUCAAAACGCAAUUCUAUAGAGAUGCAUGAUUUGGUGCAAGAAAUGGGUAGGGCAAUUGUUCGCGAACAAUGUAUUGAAGAACCCGGAAGACGCAAUAGGUUGUUCAGUGCAGAGGAUGUCUAUCAAGUAUUGACAAAUAACCAGAUAACUGCAACUGUUCCAGCCAUAUCCUUUAACUGGUCUAAGAUUGAAAAGCUACACUUGAAUCAUGCAACCUUCGAAAAGAUGUGUCAACUGAGAUGGCUACGUGUCGGGCAUUCUAAGUUUUCCGAGAGGAGCACAGUAAUGGAUUCUCUUGAUCUUCCCAAUUCUCUUAGUUAUCUUCACUGGCACGAAUAUCCUUUGAAAUCUUUGCCAUCAAAAUUUUCUCCUGUAAAUCUUGUUGAGCUUCAUCUGCCGUCCAGCCAAGUUGGGGCGCAACUUUGGACUGAAGACCAGAAUCUUAUCAACUUAAAAGUGAUCAGUCUUUGUUCCUCCUUUCAUCUAACUGAAGUACCAAAUCUCUCUCGGAGCCUAAAAAUUGAGCGUAUAGAUCUGGGUUGCUGUUUAAGUUUGGUUGAAAUUCCUUCGUACUUUCAAGAUCUUGACAACCUUACUUAUCUUGGACUUGGGCAAUGCAUAAAUAUCAAGACUCUUCCAGAGAUGCCACGCAAUGUUAAAUUCUUAGAUUUAUCUGAUACAUCAAUAAAGGAAUUGCCUUCAUCAGUUUGGUCUCACAAAAAAAUUUCUGACUUUAAUAUUAGUUAUUGUAGAGACCUUGAGAAGCUUCCAAGCAGCAGUUGUAACCUGAAUGUCUCCGGUACUUUUAGUCUACACGGCUGCCAAUCUCUUCGCGAGUUUUCAGAGCUUCCCAUGUAUACAAGAGUGCUAGAUUUGAGUGAGACAGCAAUAAAAGUGUUGCCCUCAUCAAUCGAGUGCCUCUUUGGUCUCACUGAAAUUAAUCUGUCCUCUUGCAAAAGUCUUGUGAGUCUGCCAACAAACAUUUGCAAGUUGAAAUCUCUUGAGAGACUUAAUCUCAGUUUUUGCUCUAACUUUCAGUACUUCCCAGAAGUCUUGGAGCCUAUGGAACAUCUGAAGCUUCUUAUUUUAUCAUGUACAUCAAUUAAGGAGCUACCCUCGUCGAUUGGAAACCUAAUUAGGCUUCAAGGAUUAGAUCUCCAUGAGUGUAAGAAGCUUGAGGUUGUCCCGAACGUCAUCUACAAUUUAAGCACUCUUCAAUUUCUCAAUUUUGAUGGCUGUUCGAAAUUGAAGAAAUUGCCUCCUGUCUCAGUAGACUCAGUCGGAUUGCUUUCUUUGGAAGACCUAUACCUCAGGAAGUGCAGUAUCCUAGAAAUCCCUGAUGGCCUCGUUUGCUUAACCUCAUUACGAGGGUUAAAUAUGAGAGAGACCAAAAUUAAGAGCAUACCUGCAAGCAUCAAACAAGCUGCUCAGCUGUCUCGCCUACGCCUAAUCGAUUGCAAGAGCGUAGAAUCUUUACCAGAGCUUCCCCCAUUUCUGCAACGUCUUGAAGCACAAGGUUGCACGUCACUGAAGACAGUCUCAUCAAGUUCAAGCACUGCACUCGCACAACGUUGGGACGAAUAUAUAUUUUUUCCAGGGCGUCAUGAGAUACAUAAUUUUUCUAGUUGCCCAAAGUUGGAUCAGAAUUCACAAAGCAACAUAAUGGCUAAUGCACAGCUCAGUAUUAUGCGAAUGGCAACUGCGUCUUCAAAGUUUAAAGAAGAACAAAUUGAAUUAGCGCGUUUUUUAGAAGAUUUAGAUGAUUCCUAUAAUGAUACUGAUUCAGAAGAUGAAUUUGAUCGAGAGGAUAUGAUUCAGGAAGAUUUUGGCAGAUCUUCAAUUUUCAUUACAUGUUCGGGGUAUGAAAUUCCAAAUUGGUUCAGCCAUCAAAGUGAGGGAUCUUCAAUAAAGAUUGAGCUUCGUCCUGAUUGGUUUAGCACAGAUUUCUUGGGUUUCGCUCUAUCUCUUGUUAUUGCAUUGAACACCGAAGAUGCUAAAUGGGAAAUGGAGUUUGGGUGCAGGUACAACUUCAAAACAAGUAAUGGUGAAAGCCAUGAAAUCAACCAUUCUUUGUAUAAUCCGUGUUCGCAUGGAAGCACUUUAGAAGAUUCUCAUGAGGUGCUUGUGUGGUGGUAUGACAUCUUCGAAGUUGAAGGGGGUGCUCGAAGACCCCCUGCAUUUUACAAACUUGUUACUGAGGCCUCUUUUGAAUUCUACGACAUACAAGAGUUUAACUCCGAAGAAGAUGAGGUUUUCGAAGAAUUCUGUUCAGAUUACAAGGUGGAAAAAUGUGGGAUUUGUCCGUUGUAUGCCCAAGAUGUUGAGAUUAUUAAGCAAAGAGUUUGUAGUUCAAGUAGUUAGAAACAUUCAUCUGAUUUUAGGAUCUGCCCGUGCAAGAUAAUUUUACUAGAGUGUUGCAAGCCUUGUCUUGUCAGGCUGAGGGACGUCUUACUUGUUUUAAGCCAAGUAAUUUUCUUCAUUGAAUAUGUAUUAUUAAUUGUUUACCUGACUUGGAUAUCAGCUGGAAGUUGGAAUGGCUGUAGUUUAAUGGAUGUCCUACCAAAAGUAAUAAAAGGAACAACUUUGUACGUAAAA